AUGCUCGCUCGCUACCUGGCGCUGCGCCAAGACCUCGACCGCCACCACACGCGUCGGCGCGGUGGCGCGUCUGCCGCCGCCGCCGACGCGAGCGCACCAGCUCCCGGCACGGCACCGCCGCCGCCACCGGCCGCCAACGCCAAGGCUGCGCGCCAGCUGAACCGCCUGCUGAGCCAGCUCGCCAAGCGGAAGCAGCUGAGCACCUGCCGCUCCACAUUCGCCGCGGGUGCCGCCGCCGGCACGGUGGACGCGUGGUCGCACGCGAUCCUGAUCAACGCGUACGCAAACUGCGGCGACGGUGCGAGCGCGCUCAAGGCGCUGGGCGAGAUGCGAGCGUGCGGCCACCGCCCGUGCGUCUUUUCGUACACGGCUGCGCUCAAGGCGCCGUGCGGCGAGGGAAACCUCGAGGCGGCGAGUGCGUUGCUCGGCGAGAUGGAGGCCGACUUUGCGGCCGCCGCGGCGGAGGAGGACCCGGCUGGCGCGGGUCGGACGGACGGCGGCGCG